AUGUCUGACAAACCUGGUAUGGCUGAGAUUGAGAAACUUGGUAAAUCGAAAUUGAAGAAGACAGAAAUGCAAGAUAAAAAUCCACUGCCUUCAAAAGAAAAGAUUGAGCAGGAGAAGCGAACUGAUGUAGUAAUGACGCAUGCGCCGCCCAGACGCACUGUACAUUGCCUUAUUUUACUUUUUAUCUGUUCAACUUUGUAA